CAGCCAUGGAGGCAGUGCUCAUCUUCCUGUGCUCCCUGCUGGUGCCGGCGGCCGUGGCAGAUGUGGCCACCCAAGAGAAGGAGGAGGACCCGUUUAACUAUGAUUACCAGAGCCUGAGGAUCGGGGGGCUGGUGUUUGCCGUGGUCCUGUUCACUGUGGGCAUUCUCCUUAUACUCAGCAGGAGAUGCAGGUGCAGUUUCAACCAGAAGCCCAGAGCUCCAGGGGACGAAGAGGCUCAGGCUGAGAACCUGAUCACCUCAAACGCAACGGGAGCACCGAAGGGUGGGCUGUCCCUUCCCUUGCUCCUGGCCACUGCAGAGUCCUGCCUCUGUGCAGCCUCGGGCAGGGCAGAGCAGAGCCCGCGCAGCCCAGCCCUGUCAGCAGUGCCCGUGCUGUCUGUGGUGUGCCGCAAUGGAAGGUGUGUUUCGAUGGGGACACCCAUGGCUCCAGGGUGCCCGGUCCUCCCACUGCUGGCCCUCCCCUCCCGGGCCUCCUUCCCAAAGGCGGGCAGGAGCCCUGUGCCUCCCCUCGUGACUGUGAUAAACAUUACACCGAGGCCAUUAAUGUUUAAUGAGGUUUGCCUCCCAAUUAAUGUGCUUUCCCGUGGGCGCCCACUCGCAGAGCGAGGCACCCGCUGGACGCACGACACGAUGGGUGACGAGCAAGUCCCCGAGCAGGGCCUGGACAGGUUCAGCUACGACUAUGAGAGCAUCCGCAACGGGGGGCUCAUCUUUGCCAUCGUGGCUUUUGUCAUGGGGCUCCUCAUCAUCCUCAGCCAGCGGCUUCACUGCGGAGGGAAGAAGAAGAGGAGGCAAGGGAACGAGGAAGAGCUGUAGCUGCAGAGCUGCAGUGCCACCGUGGACGCAGAGCUUCAUCCAAAGCAGGAAAGUCCUUGCCAAGGGCCACUCCUUACCCCGCUCCAGUGGAUCCAUUACCCUGCUCACCCCGGACGGGGCUGGAACGCAAAUUGCCCUCGUGCUUUCCCCUCUGUUAGAUGCAGCGCGUUUCUUGGCUAAUAAAGUGCAAGCUGAGCGAGGUUAAA